UAAGACCCAUUUGGAUCUGCUUCCCAUCGUGCCUACCCCUCAAAAAUACUUUCUUCUUUUUUUUGUGUGUUUUACAGAGAGUUUUGUGAACAAUGAGAAUAAGGAAGCAUGCCAAAAUUUCCUCGCUUCUCUAUACUUGUUCUGUAUUCGCCGGUGCCCACCUUUGUCAGCUCAACCAGUCUCCAUGGGAUCUCAUCACAUUCCCCGACGAUAACAACUCAGAAAAUAAUAUUAAUCAGCAGACUCUACUUCCUCCUCCUCCUCCGGCUCCACCGUCUUCUUAUAAGUUGGAUGGAUAUGCUAGCUGUGCUGCAAAUGAAACCUUUUGUGAUUCUGAACAGAGCAUCACGUCAAUGAAGUUGUACGAUAAUGGGGAGACGAAAAAGACAAAUAUUUUAGACAAUAAAGUUGCUGACGUGCCUGCUAAUUCCAACAAUUUAGAGAAAGAUGAGGAGAUGGUAGAUGGAAAUAACACUGUUCCAACAAUGUGCAUCAAGAAUGAUGGGAAGGGAUGGCAAUGCAGUAGAGAGGCGAAAAGAGCGCAUAAUUUAUGUGAGCACCAUUUUGCUCAAGGGAAGAAGCAUUGCAGUAGCAACAACUCAGCUCAAUAUUCUACUACUACUGCUGUUGUUGCUGCUGGUGUUAACUCAGACACCGAAAUUAAGCAAACUGCGGUGGCAGCAGCCGAGAUAACUGCGAGUUCCCGCGUCCGCUCUCAUCGUACUAAGAAAUUAUCGUCUUCCGAAUAUUACUAUUAUUCGGGUUUUGGUCCUUUAUGGGGCAAGAAAAGAGGUCCAUCGACUGGGAAGAAGAAUAAUAAUACAGCACCACCCGUAGCAAGAGCAGCUGAAAUCUACUCUAGUCAUGAAAGUACUACUCAAGGGGGACAAUCUUCGUCUCCUCAGAUGGAUAAUGAAGGAGCUGAGCACGUUGAAGAUGAGGAUGAUGAUGGUGAAGAAGUUGAAAACUGUAAGCUGAUCAAAAGAGCCCGUAAGCCCAUCAAAGCUAGGUCACUCAAAUCUCUAAUGUGAAAUUCUCAACAGCAAUUUCUAGUGUAUUAGUGCUUUGUGGUCGACAUAUUUUGUGAUAUCUAAUGUCUUUUUUAGGGUAUGUCUGGUGACUAAGGUCAAGAUUAAACUAGUAAAGUGUUAGUUUUAGAUUUCUAAAAAUUUUAUGGUGGUUAAAACUAGUAAAGUGUUUGUUUUAGAUCUAAAAUUUUUGAGGUUUUAAAAAUUUUAAUAAUAAAUUUUAUGAUUUUAAUUUUACUUGAAAUAAUGGUGAAAAUUGUGAAUAUGUUUUAAAUAAAAAAAGAAUUAUCUAACUUUUUUACUAGAAAUAUUUUAAAAUUUUGAAUGAAGCAACUCAAACUUCGUAUUAAUAAAUAAAAUUUUAAUAACACUAUUCAAAUUAAGAUAUUUCAAACAAAUGGCUAGUAUUUUAUUAACUAGAAUUAAUUUUUUAUUUUUAUUAAUAAUCUUAUUAAUAUAUGAAGUCAAAGUCUAUGUGUCUUUUAAAAAUACUAUACUAAAAGUAACUAAUAUUCACUAACAAAAAGACAACUCUAAAUUAUUAUAAUAUUAUUUUUAUAUAUAUAUAUUUAUAUAUUUAAUAUCUUUUAUCGAAUUUUGAUUUUAGGUCACUAAUUUUAUUACUGAGACAUCUAUAACAAAAAAGAAAAUUGAUUCUAGUUUCAUGGUUAGUGUUCCUGCCACGUGUUACCAUAUCUAUAUAUAUCUUGUGUUAGAAAAAUCUAGAUAAGGAUAAAGUUGUAAUUUUAUAAUUUUAUUUCAAUGGAUAUUUUAUUUGAAUUGUAUCCUUUUUCAUCCGUAUGAAUGUGGGGCGUGCUGUGGUAAAAUGUUGUGUAUAGGACUUUCUUCCUCACAUGUAU